AUGUCAGAUCGCCAAGACCCUGCGAUCUCUGCUGAACUUAAGGAAUGGCUUUUCUCAACUAUCGCAGAGUCCAUUCCUAAGGCUCUGGCAGCCUACCAUGAACGUAAUCCAGAGGUACACCCCUCUACACAACAGCCCUCUGACUCUGAGGACUCCCAUAUCUCCGACCAAGAUAGCGCCCCGCGCAAAAGACCCUGGAAAGGGAAUAGCGCUACUGCGGGCAAGGGCAAAGCUCCUGCUAAGGUCAUUAAACAUGCUAAGCCCUAUGUUUCACAGGAUGUUACAGACCCUCUAGAGGGUUCUACUUCACGUUUAUCUGGCCAUAUUCUAAGUGACUAUGACCCCAAUUACUCUGAUGAGGAUCCCAUGGUGAAUGUGCCCCAGGAUUCCUCAACAUCGGAGUUCGUGAAAGAAACUUUCCUAAAUCAAGAUCACAAGAGUAAGGUACCUGAAUCAGACACCCUCCUGGAUGCUUCAGGCCUUCCACUUUUUGACCCAAGGGUGAUACGCCACCCACGCUCAGCAGAAUGGGCUCCCCCAGAUCAUAUUGCUAAUUUCUGUAAACUGUGGCUUCGCAAGCCCCUCGAAAAAGAAAUCAGAAACAAACUAAGGGCUGAAUGCCCGAGACCUACUAUCCCAGGCAAAGUUGCCUCUACCCCUGAAUUUGACCCCAUGUUGGUCACCUAUUUAACAAAAUCUGGUAAAGACCCUCGGAAGGGUAUUGAACAGGGUUUGAAAGCAACCCAAGACAAAUUAUUGGACAUUUCAGGUCCUAUCAUACAAAUAUUUAUACUCGCAGAUGAGGCACUCACCAGCGGUGAAUUAGACCCGCAUAUUAUAAGAGAAUGGGCGCAGAGAGCCCUUUGCCUUCUGGGCAACGCCAAUACGGCUAUUUCAAUUGAGAGACGCAAAGCGACACUGUACAAAAUCGAUGCCAAACUAGUGGAUUUGAGCACUAAAGAACUAGGCCCAGAGGCCGAUGGUCUUUUAUUUGGUAACAGUUUCAUGCGAGACCUCUCCAAGCAUGUCUCAGUUUUUACCACACUCAAUAAAGCCCAAUCCUCCCUACGUAGGGUGUUCCGUCCCACUUUUCAAAAUCGUUUUUCUGGGAGAGCUGGUCGCUCAAGGGGCCGAGCUACCAGUAGAGCAGCCUUUUCAGGCUACAGGCCCCGACCCACAGAGUAUUGGUCCACGGGAUACUCACGACCCUACCACAGGCAGCUGUUCAACACCAGAGGCUCAAUUCGAGGACGUGGCUCUGCAUCCCUACGCGGACGCACUGCUUCAGGUAAUGGACCUUGCUUAUUUAAAAACUGUAUCAAUCGCAGGUCGAUUAACAUUCUUUUUCCCACAGUGGAAACUUCUUUCUCAGGAUCUUUGGAUCCUUCAUACAGUCACAGGUUUCAAAAUAGAUUUUAUCACACAUCCAGUUCAAUAUUCUCAUCCGACACCCUUAGGGAUGUCAAAGGCAGAUACUCUAACCUUGAACACAGAACUGACAAAAUUGUUACACAAAGGGGCGAUCGAACCUUCGCCUUUCCCUUGCACCUUCCUCAGCAAUAUAUUUCUGGUUCGGAAAAAAACGGGGGACCACCGUCCCAUUAUCAACCUCAAGGCGUUGAAUCACUUUAUCACAUACCGUCAUUUCAAGAUGGAAGGUAUCCAUCUUCUCAGGGACUUGCUCUGCAUGGGAGACUGGUUCUCCAGAUUCGACCUCAAAGAUGCUUAUCUGACGGUCCCUGUAGCACCAAGUCACCGUGCCUUCCUCCAAUUCCGUUGGCAGGGCGACAUUUGGCAGUUCACCUGCCUCCCUUUUGGACUUUGUUCUGCUCCAUGGUGUUUCACCAAGUUGAUGAAACCAGUCAUGGCGCUCCUUCGUUCUCAGGGCAUACGUUCAAUUAUAUAUUUGGACGAUAUCCUGAUCAUGGCACAAGAUCAGCAAUUACUUCGCACACACACACACAUGACCUCUGCCCUCCUUCAAAACCUAGGUUUUGUCAUAAAUUACCAGAAAUCAGACCUGGUACCUUCUCAAAUAGUCCAAUUUUUGGGUUUUCAGAUAGAUUCAGUUCAAGCAACUCUACAAUUACCCUACUCCAAAAUCAAAAACAUAAAGCGAGAGAUUCAAAAAUUACUCAAGUCACAACGACCUCGACUCCGCGACCUAGCACACGUGUUGGGUCUUCUGUCUGCAUCAAUUCAGGCUAUUUUUCCAGGGCCCUUGCAUUACAGAGCAAUGCAACGGCUGAAAACCUCCUAUUUACAUCGCUCGACCUCCUACGACCAAUUCAUUUCCCUAACGGACGAAGUUCUUAUCGAACUUCACUGGUGGCUUCGCAAUAUGGAAGCCUGGAAUGGGAAAGCGAUUUUCGGAUCUCAACCAGAUUUUAUUCUGGAAUCCGAUGCCAGCCUACUCGGUUGGGGCGCUACAUGCGCCCAAUCAUACACAGGAGGUCUCUGGUCCCCGUCGGAACGAGCACUUCACAUAAAUUGUCUCGAGCUCAUUGCCGGAUCCUUCGCGAUCCGCAGCUUUGCCAAAGAAGCCUCCAACUGCUCUCUGGUACUUCGGAUGGACAACAUCUCCGCAGUACGAUAUGUAAACCGUCUCGGAGGGUCCAAAUCGAAACUACUAUCAGACCUCACCAAGGAUCUGUAUCAGUUUUGCUUAGACAGGAAUCUGUCUAUUCGGGCCGAGUAUCUCCCAGGACCCGACAAUUUAGUCGCGGACUGGUUCUCACGUCACUGGAGGGAUGCCAGCGAUUGGCAAUUAGAUCCUCUUCUAUUUCACCACAUUCACCUAUUGCGGGGACCGCUCACUCUCGACCUCUUCGCGUCUCGGCUGAAUCGUCAAACAGACGAUUAUUUCAGCUGCUUACCAGACCCUCUAUCCCUAGCUGUCGACGCUUUUCUCCAACAUUGGCCACGGGACGGAGCCUAUGCCUUCCCUCCCUUCUCCAUGAUUCAACGUACUCUCCACCAGGUCAAAUCACAGAGGGUCAAGAUUGUGAUAGUUACCCCUCUAUGGCGGGCCCAGACGUGGUUCCCCACUCUUCUGGAGCUUUCCACAGACUACCCCAUCAUUCUACCUCGCUCACAUCGGGUUCUCAAGAACUCAACGGGCGACUACCAUCCACUAGCUCUACAGGGCCACCUUCAGUUAGUGGCCUGGACAGUUUCAGGGGUGCUUGGCAUGUCGCAGGACUUUCAAGCACUGCUCAAACACUCCUAUGGGAUUCAUGGGCACCAGGAACCAGGCGCACCUAUCUCGCCGCAUGGCGAGUUUGGGUCAGCUGGUGUCUGGAGAGGGAUUUCGAUCCCUCUUCAACAUCUCUCUCAUCCAUUCUAAAUUUUCUAUCAUCCCUUUUCGAUCAGGGUAAAUCAUACCGAUCAAUUAAUGUUUUUCGUUCCGCCAUUUCGGCGGGACAUGACCCUAUUGAUAAUUCCUUAGUUGGGAAACAUCCUUCUGUGUGCAGACUUUUACGAGGCAUUCGUUUGACAAGGCCACCUUCUGCCAAAUACUUUGGCUUCUGGGACAUAUCUCGAGUCUUCGCAUUGUUAGAGUCCUGGCCUCCUAACGAGGCCUUAUCCCUUCGACAACUCUCUGCAAAAUUGGCCCUGCUACUGUGCCUGGUGUCAUUCCGCAGAGUUUCUGACGUUCACGCUUUUGAUUCACACGCUGUCUCCUUCACACCAGAAGGGGUCCGAUUUACGAUUACUAGGCGCACUAAGACGAAUUCCUCGUCUGUUUUUUAUCCAUACUUUCCCGACAGGCCAGCCCUCUGUGUGGCUCUGUGUACUCGUUGUUACACAGAGGCAACUGCCGCCCUACGUUCUCCUACCGGUCCCCUUUUCAUCUCUUAUGUCAGACCUCACAAACCGGUCUCUUCCCCCACUAUCGCUCGCUGGAUAAGAUGGUUACUUAUCCAAGCGGGAAUCGAUAGAUCAUUUGGGGCCCAUUCCGUUAGGGGAGCGGCCGCAUCCUCUGCAUUUACGGGCCGGCAGUUCAUUAGCGGAUAUUUUGUCCUGCGCAGAUUGGUCAAGGGAAUCUACCUUUCUGACUUUUUAUUUUAAACCAACACAAACACAUGCGGCUUGUUCUAUUAUUCGAGAGCGUUAAAACAGCAAAUAUGAAGCCUCCUGUCUUGCCAUAAAAUUAGGGAUUAUUCUAGCUUUUAGUGAACGAAUAAUCUGAAUUUUAUUAAAGACAGGAGGCGAAUAUUUUCCCUCCCUUCGUUCAUUCCGGAACCCACCCUCGAGGUAAGUCUCAUACUCAAUGAUUAAUGUAUGAUACCAUUAUUUACAUACAAACCUGCUAUAUACGAUUUGCUCACCUUGUGGUUAUACACCUAUCUCAUAGAGUACUGAUAGAUCUUUAUAAUCUUGAUUAUUCUGCCAAUUCGUAUGAACUAUAAUUGGAAAUAGGGGAUUCAACUAUAUAUAUAUAUUUUUUCUCUUGUCCGAGAAACCUUACUUUCACGAAGUCUCUUUUUCUUUUAGUGUGAAGAUCUCAAGUUUAUUCGUUCAACUUUCCGUUUACAUGGUUGACUUCAUCUCGAGUUUCGGCUUCGGGAACUGUUCCGGUUAAAGUUUACAUGGUUGACUUUGCUACUGACUGGCAACAUCAAGAAAGAGGAAGUGGGAGGAGUUUGAUGACACUAUAUUGUAGUUGAGAUAUGUUAUGAUUGGUUGAUUUUUCCAUACAACAUUGUUAACCAUUUCUUUGCUGCUGGGAGUUACAGUAAAGAAAGAUAAGCAAAUAUUCGCCUCCUGUCUUUAAUAAAAUUCAGAUUAUUCGUUCACUAAAAGCUAGAAUAAUCCCUAAUUAGAUUUAUGAUUGACAUAAAAUAUCUUGUGCUUGUCAAUAAGGUCUGCAAUGUUCCUUUAUUUGAUAUUGGCAAAAAACAUUAAGUUUAGGCAACAAGACUUGCCUCUGUAACCAAACAACAGAUCUGACUGGACAUCUAAUUUAAAAAAUUUUUUUUUUGAUUUUAGCUUUCCUUAAGGAUUAAACUAAUUUGCAUCCCAUGUAAAAUGUUACCGUGAAGGAAAAAAAUUUUUUUAUAAAUAAACAACAGCAUCCAUCAUACUUUACACAUUAGAAAUAAAUAUUUGGAAAUACAUACGUAAGCUGAAAAAAUACAUCUUCAUCCACAAACCCAAAGGUUUCAUGGAGCUUGGUCACAACGCCCGUGAAAACACGCUGCUUCUGUGUCUGAGUCUGCUGCUGGCUGGAUCGUGGUGUUGGGUAUGAAACAGUUAUCUGUGCAGCCUGUUGGGGAGUGGACAACGCAAGGCUCGUAGGUAGGGUCACAGUCUGCUACAAAACAGAGUAGAUUGUGCUCUUUAACGUAAUCUAAAAAAAACCCUGUUAUUGAUAACUCAAGGUUUAAACAUAUAAUGGCAAGAAAUUGAAACUCCCAUUCUUAUUCUUGGGACCAUCGAAUAAAUCCCAGAGAUCUCAUGUCUAAGGGUAAAAAAAUAAAUAAAAUAAAAAAGUAAUGCAGAAAUACCGGUAUCCAAAGUUUAACAUUUCCUCCCCCCCACCCCCCCACCCCACUAGAGUGGAAACAAUGGAGGAAUGACAAAUUUACAGCAAAAUAACCAAACCUGAGAAACUCUUCAACUCUCCAUAACUUUUUUAUUUUUUUAUUUUUUAUUAUUAAAGUGAGUAUUGUCAGGAAUUUAAAGGGAAAUUCUCAUUUAUGGCAAAGUAGCCAAACUAGAAUAUCUGAAUUCCAGUUUGGCUAUUCUUACUUUAGUAAAUAACCCUGUCUCUCUUAUAUCCCCUUAUUUAAUUUACGCUCUUAUCAAUGUUCCAGAAAAUGGGUUAUCUAAAUGCAUUUGUUAUUUCCGACACUACCCACGCACCUCUUAAUCUUAUUCAUUACACUGUGACUGUAUGGAGUGUUUGUAAAGAUCCCUGAGUUUUACAAAUUAAUAAUAACACACGUUUUGUUUCACUGUGAUACAACAAUGACAACACAAAACACAUUUUGUAUGCCCAUCAUCUCCAGCCCUUCAGUGGCCCACAUACCGCCCAUCUCAUAUCCAUCCAUGCUAGAAUUGCACUAUUGUUUGUCAAAGCGAUACUCUUAUUGUAUUCCCCAGGUGAUCUCACAUCCAUCCUUGCUAGACCUGCAUUACUAUUCAUUAAAGCAAAAAUGUGAUUGUAUUCCCUAGUUGUAUCAAACAUAGAGAGAGGCAGGUAAUGCAGAACUCUAAUGGAAUGCAAGACCUGAUCUGAAACCCAUUGAGAACCUGUGGUCCAUCAUCAAAUGUGAGAUUUACAAGGAGGGAAAACAGUACACCCCUCUGAACAGUGUCUGGGAGGCUGUGGUUGCUGCUGCACGCAAUGUUGAUGGUGAACAGAUCAAAACACUGACAGAAUCCAUGGAUGGCAGGCUUUUGAGUGUCCUUGCAAAGAAAGGUGGCUAUAUUGGUCACUGAUUUGUUUUUGUUUUGUUUUUGAAUGUCAGAAAUGUAUAUUUGUGAAUGUUGAGAUGUUUUAUUGGUUUCACUGGUAAUAAUAAAUAAUUGAAAUGGGUAUAUAUUUGUUUUUUGUUAAGUUACCUAAUAAUUAUGCACAGUAAUAGUCACCUGCACACACAGAUAUCCCCCUAACAUAGCUAUAACUAAAAACAAACUAAAAACUACUUCCAAAAAUAUUCAGCUUUGAUAUUAAUGAGUUUUUGGGUUCAUUGAGAACAUGGUUGUUGUUCAAUAAUAAAAUUAAUCCUCAAAAAUACAACUUGCCUAAUAAUUCUGCACUCCCUGUAUAUUGGUACACAUACAUACUGACACACAACAACACAGUUGUUGUAACUUUUCAGUAUUUUUUUUAAAUUUCAUUUGUGCAUUGAACUAAAUAAAAGAAUGUAUUCAGAAUAUGAAUCUAAUUGCCCUAUCAGUCACAAAACACAAGCCAUAAACCAAAAUAUAAAUUUCAGUAAGUAUUAAUCCAAAAUAUUUUCCAUUUCUAUUGUUUUUAUGUACAGUUGUUCCAUUUUUCUCCUGACAGAAUGCCCGAUACGUGUGGAAUAAAGAAGAGUUUGACUUAGUGGAUGAAAGUACCACAGAUUACCUUAUGGGUAAUAUAUCCAUGAUAUAUUUUUUAUGAUUACUUUUCAUGCUAUUGGCAAUUAUACAAAUUGACUAAUAAACAGAAAACCUACAUGAUAAUAACAUGUAACAAUAACAAUUAUUACUGCUGAAGGUUCAUAUGUAUUAAACACCUAGUAAAUUCACCCACUACAUUUCAGUGGAGUAGUUUGGGUGCAAUGCAGUGGUGGAACUAAUGUAGAGAUAUUUUUUGUGUGCUCCCCCUAGCGCAAGAAUGGCCAAAAGGUAGAUCCCCAUCUGUCGUACAACUCCCACGGAGUUAUGCCAACUGGAAAUCUACAUUUGCCCAUUCUUCAGGGUUGUAUUUAUGAGCAGUGUUUGUGUGUUUAAAUAUAAUCAUGUUUUUGUAUGGAGUAUGUGUGCAUGCAUGUAGGGAUGUAUUUGUAUGUACUGCUGUCACUGGAAUUCAGUGGUGUACUUCUAUGUAAUGUUUUUCUUUGAAAGCAGAGGUGUGUUUGUAUGUAGUGUUAGCUUUAAAAUGCAGGUGCAAUUUUGAGUGUAAUGUUGUUUCGUUGAAGGGGAAUCUGUAUAUAGUUUUGGCAUUUUAAUAUAGGGGUGUGUUUGAAUGUAGUCUUGGCGUUUGCUUGCUGGGAUGUAUGCACUUAUACACAUACACUGCUACAUACAUACAUACAUACAUACAUGCUUACAUACACAUUGAUACAAACAUACACUGACACAUUGACACACUCACAUACACACAAUGACAGAUGCAGAUACACACUGACACACACAGACAAAUACACUGAUAGAAUGACACAUAAACACUCAGAUACACACACAGAUAAACACUGACACAUACAAACACACAGAGAAACACAAACUCACACACACACUGACAGAUACACUCAGACACAGAUACACACUCACAGAUACACACUCAGACACAGAUACACACACUGACACAUAGACACUCGACACACACACGCAUGUAAUAAUUUUCAUAUUUUAGCCAACCCCAUAUUAACAUACUUUUAAGAGCAUGUCCCCUGGGGACCUGCUGCUGUCUGGGUCUGAUAGGAGUGUGGAUCUGGAUGUCUGCAGGCAUGUUUAGGUCUUUGAAGGCAGUGUGUGCAGCUGCAGCAAGGGAGUCUUGGUGCUGGAAUGAAGUAAGUAAUUGUUAUUUAACUUUAAAAGUUUAGCAAUAGAAGGGAACCUAUAAUUAUUUUCCCUUUAACACAAGAUUCACUGGAGAAAACUAGUUGCGCUUGGACUCAGUAGCAGGUUCAGCGCCUACCAUAGCAGUCAGUAUGAACAAAUAAAGAAAAUUAGUUUCCAACACACACCAACAUUAAAACUUCAGAAAGUACCUUUAUGGUUUGAUCAGGACAUUCAGCCUGGACACAGCAUGGAGAGCAGAUGGCGCUAACGCGUUUUGUGGCACUUUAGAGACUUGCUGAAAUGACACUAAGGCACAAAACGCGUUGGCGCCAUCUGUCUGUGCUCCACUCUAUGCUGUGUUCCAGCUGACUGAAAGCCUUGAUCACGCAAUAAAGACACUUUUUGACAUUUUAAUGCUGGUAUAAGUUGGAAACUUUCUUUUAAUAAUUUGUUCAUACUCACAAUAAUAUGUGAGAUACAAUUGGAAUGUUUAUCACUCAACAUAUUAUGUCAUGUAUUAAGCCAUGUUUCUCACAUAAUACCUUGUGUCUUGUAGGAUUAUUUGAGCCAAAGGACAUGAAUUAUGAGCUGAACCGUAAUCCUUCCUCAGACCCCUCACUCACCGAGAUGACUGAGAAGGCCAUCAAGAUCCUCAGCAAAAAUCCUAAUGGCUUUUUCCUGUUUGUAGAAGAUAAGUUUAAAUGAUAUAAUACAACAUGUUUACAUUUAUGCAUUAUAUUUGAUUGCAGUGUCAAAUAGAAUGUUUCUCUACAAGUAAAUAGUCAUCACAGGGUUAUGACUAGUCCAUGGUAUUUUUAUUGUUCUCUACACCAGUACACAUUAAAGGACCACUAUAGUGCCAGGAAAACAAACUCGUUUUACUGGCCCUAUAGGGUCUUUGGGUCCCCCUCCCGCUGGGCAGAAGGGGGAGGAAGGGGUUAAACACGUACCUUUCUCCAGCGCUGGGCUCCCUUGGCACUGGGAACUCUCCUCCCUCUUCCGACGUCAGCCGCUGAAUGUGCAUGCACGGCAAGAGCUGUGCGUGCAUUCAGUCAGUCCAUAAGAAAGCAUUUCUCAAUGCUUUCCUAUGGACGCUGGCGUCUUCUCUCUGUGAAAAUCACAAUGAGAAGCGCGGAAGCACCUCUAGCGGCUGUCAAUGAAACAACCACUAGAGGCUGGAUUAACCCUAAUGUAAACUGCUAUGUUUACAGCAGGCAGGGUUAACCCUAGAUGGACCUGGCACCCAGACCACUUCAUUGAGCUGAAGUGGUCUGGGUGCCUAUAGUGGUCCUUUAAGGUAAAUUUGUACUGACCAACAAACUGUUUAAGCUGUACUGAUGGAUAUCCACCAAAACAUGCAUUGGAUUUGAAUUGUUGAUGUUAAAUUGGUGCAUUAUAAAUGCAGUUUGACAUGGAAUUUUUAAAGAAUCAGUAAUAAGACAAAGAGGUAUCUCAAAUAGUAUAUGUUCUUACUGCCCAUUUGCUUAAUUUCUUAGAAUAUUCUUAAUGUUAGCCUGACUUUAAGUAUUUCUUCUGGUUAUAGUUAUCAACCUUUAGAGUUACUAUCUUUGUUUACAUAUAUGUUUGGAGACUCAACAUAUUGCACGGGAAAAUAUAACUUGAUGACUAUCUAUCAGUUAUAUGUGCAAACACUCAGCAAUAUGCAAUACUCCCCCCAAAAUUCAUUUAAGAUUAGAUGGAACUUGGGGUUAGGUUAUAUGUGCCUUCAAAACGUAGUGUGCUGCAACGCUAUUCUCAACCAGCUGAAGCAUCUUUAAGGUGGUCUUCUUUUAAACUUAAAAAUCCAUAACUCUAAAGCACUGUAUGUCCCAUGCUGUAAUGAACCCUGCCAUAAUAAAUAGUGCUGCAAUACAACCACAUUAUUUUCAGUAGUGGACUUUCUGAUGCAAGCAUUUUCAAAAUAAAUGAAGACGGUGAUUGAGAUCAUUGUGUUCCUCAGAUUUCAGUGUCUAAUACUUGUAUGUUUUGUUCAUAAUCCUACAAACCUCCGUACUUGAUGGUAUAAGUACUGUUUCUUAUAUCACCAGCUUUCUUUCCGCCUCCCCAUUUUUUCUAUUUUUAGUAAGACAAUAAACGAUGCAGCAUUGUCAAGUAAAUUAGUUUUCAUAUUCAUAUAUCUUCCGACUUCCGGCCCUCCAAUAUUUUUGGGAUAAGUAAUCACUAUACACAGCAUAACUAAACAAUUUCUCUGACUGAGUGCCAGGAGGCCCCCGGAGUCACUCUUACCUCUAGGGGUUAAACUGCUCUUGAACAGGUGUAACACCAAAGUUUCCUCCAGCUAUGAUGAUGAAUACCACCUAGGCGGCAUCUGACUUCUGAAAGAUUCAGAUUCAGGAAGCGCAGAGUGCUGCCAUGCAGGGGCACCGCUGAUUGACUCUUAGCCAAUCAGUGACUCACAAUAUUCAUAAAACUGGCUUGGAAAUAAACGUACCACCACUAGAGGCAACUUUGGUGUUAAAUCAUUCAAGAACAGUUUAACCAAUUGAAGUAAGAGUUCCUCCGUGGCCCUCUGGCACAUAAUAACUUCAUUUGAAUUAAGGUUUUUUUGGUGCCUGGAGUGUCCCUUUAAUACGUUACGUUCUGCCUCUGUGUAAUGACCCAGUAUUGCGGUCUAUGCAUAAGAUGUUUAGUUACUCAUCAUAAAUCAACAUCACUGAGAUGUGGGAUGACUCAUUUAGCAUGUUCAAGAUAAAUCAGUAAGAUAGUACUUCUCUUGGUAUCAACAAUGAAGGCAUGAUUCAUUAUUUCAAAGAAUAGUGUUUUUAGGUUAUACAGAAUAGAUUUUCUGUGUUGCAGAUUCUCAAUUUUCAACAGUGUCACCAUUUGCAUAUCUUUCCUCUAAUAACAGAUUAUCUCAGGAGUCUAUGGAAUAGUCUACCAAGGUUUUACCCAUUUACAUACACUAAACAUGGCAUCAAUACCAUUUUUCUAGAUAAGUUCUGCUUUCUAUUUUUGCAUGAAAAUCCGGUUGAAAGUAUUUUUUUUAAAAUUAAUUUUAUAUCAGAAUUAUUUGCACUCUAAUAUGUACUUAACUUUUACCUUAUAUUGGCAUGUAUAAGCUUUAUGUCCACAACAUAUUAAAAGGCAAAAAUAUCACUUGAAGUCAAUUAUAUUUAGAAGUGAAACGUUUCAUUUAAAAAAAGUACAAAACGAAUCAAGCAAUUUUUAUACUCUGUUAUAUUAUUAUAUUUCUGUUAUAAGAAUUAUUUUGUGGCAAUUUAGUCUCAAGCACAGUUUACAAUGUAUCAUAAUGAUAGGUGGCAGAGGCUUAUAAAUGUGGGGGCGGUGGAGGGGACAACAGCAGGUUAUGUACUUCUGGCAUAGAUAACCUGCUUUUCAUAUAUCUAAUGAAUGAUAUACGUUCUUGUACUUUUUUUACGUGGUAGAAUUGACCAUGGCCACCAUGAUGGGAAUGCUAAGCAGUCGUUAACCGAGGCUGUUGAAUUGGACAAAGCAAUCCGCAGAACUGGGGAACUUACUGAUGAAAGUGAGACUCUGACUGUGGUGACAGCUGACCACUCACAUGUCUUCAGUUUUGGGGGUUAUACAGACCGUGGCAACAGCAUUCUUGGUAAGAUGGUUCCUACACUUGACACCUACAUUUUGCAAACUGUUUUUUCCACUAAAUGUAUAAUGAAUAAAAAGCUUUGUUUAAUGUUACCCAAGAAGCACUAUAGCGUUACUGCAAGGUAGAGGUGGAUUUAAAGGAGGAUUUAUUGUCAAACUCUAUAUCUUUAAAAUAGUACUUUAUGUGAUCUUCAAGGGUUUCAGAAUCAGGAAAAAAAUACUGUUAUGUGAAAUGUACAUGGGAGCCAUUGCUAACUGGUAGAAGAUAUUUUAUAUAUUAUGUUAAUAUAGACACUGAACAACACCAAGGCCAUGAGUUUGACAUCGUUAUUUAACAUACAUUUUAAAGUAUGUUCUAAGGGUGACCUUUUUUUUAAAACAUUGGGUAACUGAUAAUUAAAAAGCUAUGUAGCCCUGAUUCAUAUAGAAGAAAAUACACAAUUUUUUAAAAUUUAUUUUUUAGGUGUAGCUCCGUUAAGAGCUAAUGAUGGCAAACCCUAUACCAGUGUGGUCUAUGGCAAUGGUCCCGGGUUCAAGAUUACAAAUGGUGCACGCGAGGACAUCAGUACCGUCGAUAUAGGUAUACAACUUGUCUAAUAAAUGGAAAAAAGGGAUGUGACAAACAAAUCAAUGGAGGAAGUAGAAUAAGCUAAUGUCUUUUUCCAAAAUGUGAAACUAAUGCAUUAUAGAUACUGGUAACACCAUAACAUACCACAGAACGAGAUCUUGGAACCCAGAGAUGGUAUUAUUUUAGGGUUUAUAUUUUUAGGGCUGUGGGUAACGUGUUAGGAUAAUACAGGGGUUAAGGGGUAAGGGUUCAUAAACAACUGUCACCUUAAAACAAUUUUUCAUAUCAUAAUCCUUUCAAGUUUUCAAAUGAAUAGAUUGUUUUUAAAUUAUGUUUUAAUAGAAAAAACCCCAUCUAUUCCUUUAUUUUAUGACAGGUUCCUUCGGACAUAUACAUGCAUCUUGGGUCAGACAAUCUCUAUAGCCUUCCUUGCCUUCGGGUAGUGAGUGAAACAAGGAACAUCAUAGAGAUUAUUAAUUUUGAAACACUGUCUGACCUAUGGUCCUAUAGCUGAAGGACUCUGUCAUAUCCUUGAGCUUGGGAUAAAAAUUUUUAAUUUUUUUUUCAUAUACGCCAUUAAAAUAAUCUAUUUCCUUUCAAAACUUGAUGAAAGGAUUAUUACAGAAGUGGGGAGCCUUUUCAUGUUGGAAGGCUGCAUUCAUUUAGCUGUAAUCAAAUAAGACCACAUUCUAUUAGAUAUACUUAACAAUGCACAUUAAUUAAAAAAAAACAUGCUCGUUAUAACAAAUAAAUGAAAACUAUUUUUAUUUCAAAGUUAACUAACCUUUUAAUUAGUUCAUUGUGUCUGCUUUUUAUUGGAGAGCAUUUGAGUAUUUGGUUGCAGUUUCAUUUGAUCUUCUAGAUGGGUCAUUUGUGACCCUAAGGGUGUCUUGAUUUGGGUUAGGUAGGAGAAUGUAGAUUCACAGCAAUAUAUGGCUGAAAAGCAAGAAAGUAUUUUUUGGACAUGUUGCCGAAGGCCUGGAUAUUCUACUGCAUUUUUCCAUAUUUCAAUUAGAUCUUUUCUAGCAUCAGACUUUAAAAUGUCAUCUCCUGAGAGUUCGAUCAGUUCCAUCUGUAGUUCUUUAGGUGCCGUGGUGAUGUAAACGACGUGAGGCUGAAAUGCUAAUUUGAGUGAAACUUUCAUUGUAUUCUCCAAUUAAUAGAUCUAUAAAAGCUGCAUAUUCUUCAAACGAUUCACAUAUAUCAUCCUGCUCAUAAAUUACAUGUGCUAACUGGGGAAAAUGUUAAUCCUAAAUUUCCUUUUAAAGAAGUUUUUUUUUUUUUUUUUAUGCUUGGAUUUUGCCACAUACACACACACAUAUAUAUAUAUAUAUAUAUAUAUAUAUAUAUAUAUAUAUAUAUAUAUAAAGACUUAAUUGUGCAAAUAAAUAUUCAAGUCAUUUUGUUUUGACACAAUAUCACAGACAUGCAGCAUUCCUAUAGGAAUUCUUCACUUGCAUAUAGUUGGGAACCUGCCCAGUUGAAGAUGCAAGUACGGAGACCCUUUAUUGAGAACCUUAACAUACACUCCUCUUGUUGCCUGACAAGCGGAUAUUUUUUUUUUUAAAUUUAAUGGUUACCUAAUGCUGAGGUCUGCAAUGGCAUUAUUUAUUUAGAUUUCUGUAGUGCACUUGAACGUAUGAUUAAAUAGGUAUGUCAUGUUUUUGUGGCAUUUAUUACAACCUGACACUAAAAAUACCACGUCAAUGAUUUUCAUCUGAAGUUGGAUGCUUUCCAACAGAAGAUAUGAUAUUUGACUGUAUGGCUGCCACCUGUUCAUGUAGACCUUCAGGAGCCUUUCCUCUUUGAAAUGGGGACAUUUUGAAGCCAAGCUAGAGCAGUGGUGUAAGACACCACCUGUGAUCCAAACCUCUAUUGGAACUGGAGAUGGGAGGAAUAGUGGAAACCUUGAACAUUUGAAAUGCAAGGCUCAUGGACUGACACAUGAUGAGCCACUAUAAACAACCAAAUCCAGUUUAGUAUAGGGCAUCUUGCACAGUUUGCCUGAAUACUAAAGAUGGCCACCAUGCUGCUUGGGCUUAUUUUUUAAGUAGUGUUAAAAAAUAAAGUUAUGAAAUAGCAGUCCGUUACUAAUGGUGUCUACAGAGAUGUAGGUUGGAUAUCUGAAAAGAUAAAUGCUUGGGCUUGCACAUUAAUCAUGGCAUUCUUUGAGUGUUAUUGAAACACACAUUUUAAGAGUUUGUUUUUGAAAUGUUGCCUUAGGAUAUUUAAUUUUUAUACAGAAGUUUGAUACUUUAAUGUUAGACACUAUGUAAACACUUUUUCACCAACCGAACUCUUUUUCCUGUUUCUUUCCACAGAAGCCAAUGGUUAUCGACAACAAGCAGCCAUUCCUUUGGUUUCCGAAACCCACGGUGGUGAGGAUGUGGCUAUUAUGGCCAAAGGUCCCUUUGCACAUCUUUUCCAUGGUUUUCAUGAGCAGAGUUAUAUUGCCCAUGUCAUGGCCUAUGCAGGUUGCUUAGAACCUUACGAAGGCUGCAACACAAAACUGAGGUCGAUGUCAGUGAAAUCGAGUUCUGUCAUCUACUCGCCCUCCUUCCUGCCACUGUUUAUUGUGUGGGGCAUGCUGCUAAUCUGGUGGUAAGAACUGCAUUCCACAAUAUUUGGCAAUUCUCCU